AUGUCGAAACCACAAGCCAAAGAUCUCUCUCAUUUGUUGUCCGCUGAGGCAAAGUCCAGAAAGAAUUCGCCCUUGAAGAGCGCUUUCAAGUACUUCAAUCAGCCAGGUAUGACUUUCUUGGGUGGUGGAUUACCUCUCUCGGAUUACUUCCCAUUUAAAAAAAUCACUUUGGAAUCACCUAGCCCUCCAUUUGCAAAUGGCAUUGGGGCUCAAGUGACUGACGAAGACAAGACUGUUGUCGAAGUUUUCAAGGACAAGACCUUGAAUGACCCAAAGUACAAGGACGUCGAAUUAUCCAGAUCCUUGCAGUAUGGCUACACCGAGGGUGCUCCAGAGCUCCUUGAGUAUUUAAAGGAACACACCGACCUAAUUCACAAGGUUCCCUAUGCUGACUGGGACUUGAUUUGCAGCAUUGGUAACACUGAAUCAUGGGAUGCCGUCUUGCGAACUUUCACUGCUCGUGGCGAUGCCAUUUUGGUUGAGGAACACACUUUCUCUUCUGCUUUGGAGGCUGCGCAUGCCCAGGGCAUCAAUACCAUCCCUAUGGCUAUGGAUGAAGAGGGUAUAAUUCCUGAAUCUUUGGCGAAGCAAUUGGAUCAAUGGGUUGGCGACAAGCCCAAGUUGUUGUACACCAUCUGCACUGGGCAAAAUCCCACAGGAUCUUGCUUGUCCGCAGAUAGAAGAAAGGCUGUCUAUAAGCUUGCUCAGCAGCACGACAUACUCAUUAUUGAAGAUGAGCCAUACUACUUUUUGCAAAUGGAGCCAUACACCCAGAAUAUUGAGGAGAGAAGCAAGAGGCAUGUUCACUCUCACGAAGAGUUCCUCCAGGCGUUAGUUCCGUCUUUUCUUUCCUUGGAUGUGGAGGGUCGUGUUAUUAGAUUAGAUUCAGUCUCAAAGACCAUUGCUCCAGGCUCUAGAUUUGGUUGGAUUGUCGGUCAGGCCAAAUUCUUGGAGAGAUUAGUGAGAUAUCAUGAAGUGACUAUUCAAGUUCCAUCUGGAUUUAGUCAGUCUGCCUUGAACGGUUUAUUCCAGAGAUGGGGCCAGAAGGGCUAUUUGGACUGGUUGAUGGGUUUGAGAGCGGUCUACACCCACAACAGAGAUGUUGCCAUCGAUUCCUUGCACAAAUACUUCCCCAAGGAGGUCGUGCAGAUCUUGCCACCAGUGGCUGGUAUGUUUUUUGUUGUCCAAAUUGACGCAAGCAAGCAUCCCAAGUUCAAGGAAUUGGGCGAGUCUCCAUUGAGAGUUGAAGAGUCUAUCUACAGAAAGGGAUUAGAAAGAGGUACGUUGAUGAUUCCAGGUUCGUGGUUCAAGGCCGAGGGUCAAACUUCCCCACCACAGCCACCGACGCCAAAGGAUCCUGCGCUCAACAAGUACAUUUUCUUUAGAGGUACCUACGCUGCUGUGCCAAUGGAUGAGUUGGAGAAUGGUUUGAGAAAAUUCGGCGUUGCUGUGCAUGAGGAAUUCGGUUUGUGA